CUAAAACGUGAGCUACAAACCAGAAGUAAGAAGUUCAGGGAGCAAAACCAGACCAUAGAAGCAACUCGUAGGAACAAACAACCGCGUUCCAGCUCCAAUUCAUUGUGAGAGGUUUGGGGACAUUCUUCAAAACCCUAAUUUCCCCCCUUCUCUCAUCACAGCUUCCAUCCGUCUCUCAAUCUCAACUGGUCAAUCCCUAGAUCGAUGGCGGAAGAACCAGCAUCCCCGUCGCCGGCUGCGGCGGCUUCGCCACUGGGCUCGUCGGUGAUUCCUGUGGUGAACAGGCUCCAGGACAUAUUUGCCCAGCUCGGGAGCCAGUCUACGAUCGAGCUGCCGCAGGUGGCGGUGGUCGGCAGCCAGAGCAGCGGCAAGUCGAGCGUGCUUGAGGCGCUGGUCGGGAGGGAUUUCCUGCCUCGCGGGAAUGAAAUCUGCACGCGCCGGCCGCUGGUUCUGCAGCUGGUGCAGACAAAGAGGAAAGGCGACGGAAGCGAGGAAGAGUGGGGGGAGUUCCUCCAUCGGCCUGAUAAGCGGUUCUACGAUUUCUCUGAGAUCCGGAGUGAAAUUGAGGCUGUAACAGCUAGAGAAGCGGGAGAGAACAAAGGCGUCUCUGACAAGCAGAUCCGUUUGAAGAUUUUCUCCCCUAAUGUUCUUGAUAUCACACUUGUUGAUCUUCCUGGGAUAACAAAAGUUCCUGUCGGUGAUCAGCCCACUGAUAUCGAAUCAAGAAUCAGAACAAUGAUUAUGUCAUACAUAAAAAAGCCGAGCUGUCUUAUACUCGCUGUAACUGCUGCAAAUGCAGACUUGGCAAAUUCAGAUGCUCUUCAGAUUGCAGGAGUCGCUGAUCCUGAUGGUUACCGUACCAUUGGUAUAAUUACUAAGUUAGAUAUCAUGGAUAGAGGUACUGAUGCCCGCAAUUUGUUACUCGGAAAAGUGAUUCCCCUGCGACUUGGUUAUGUAGGGGUUGUGAAUCGUAGUCAAGAGGACAUUAAUCUCAACCGAAGCAUUAAGGAUGCAUUAGCAGCAGAAGAGAAGUUCUUUCGCAGCCAUCCAGUUUACAGCACUGUAGCUGAUCGUUGUGGAGUUCCUCAGCUUGCAAGGAAAUUGAACAAUAUCUUAGUGCAGCAUAUUAAAGCGAUACUUCCUGGGCUCAAGUCUCGCAUCAGUGAUGCACUUGUGAGUGUUGCAAAGGAACAUGCAAGCUAUGGAGAAAUCACCGAAUCUAAGGCUGGUCAAGGUGCUCUCUUGUUGAACAUAAUCUCAAAAUACUCCGAAGCUUUUGCUUCGAUGCUAGAAGGAAGAAAUGAAGAAUUGUCAACUUCCCAGCUCUGUGGCGUAGCAUUUAUUGAAUACGUUUUCCAGUCAAUUUUUGUCAGAACUUUAGAGGAGGUUGAUCCUUGUGAGGACUUGACAGAUGAUGACAUUCGUAUUGCCAUCCAAAAUGCUUGUGGUCCCAAAUCGUCAAUAUUUGUAGCAGUUGUGCCAUUUGAAGUUCUUGUACGUCGGCAAAUUGCUCGUUUACUGGAUCCGAGCCUUGAAUGUGCCAGGUUCAUAUAUGACGAGUUAAUAAAGAUUAGCCAUCGGUGUCUAGUGGUGGUAGAUGAACUACACCGGUUUCCUGUUCUAAGAAAACGCAUGGAUGAAGUUGUUGGGAACUUUUUGCGGGAUGGUCUUGAACCAUCCGAGACCAUGAUUGGACAUCUUAUAGAAACAGAGAUGGACUACAUAAACACGUCCCACCCAAAUUUUAUUGGAGGAACCAAGGCUGUGGAAGUUGCAGCACAACAAUUGAAGACUUCAAGACUGAGCAUCCCUGCCUCUAGGCAGAAGGAUGGUCUAGAAGCUGAUAAAGCACCAGCAUCUGAAAGGACCCUGAAAUCUCGAGCUAUUAUUGGCAGGCCUGUUAAUGGAGUUAUGCCUGAUCAGGCAAGAACAAUUGGGGUACGCCAGGUAGCAGAUGCUGAGAAGGUUGGGCCCUCUGGGAACCAGAGUGGGUCUUCUUGGGGUAUUUCAUCAAUUUUUGGCGGAAGUGAUAAUUCCCUUAGUUUUUCCAAGGAGAGUUCAACAAGCAAAGUACAUGUUGAGCCCACUCACGGGAAUGAUUAUUUGGACAAGAGUAGCAGCUCCGUCAUUCGAUUAAAAGAGCCUCCAACAAUCUUGAGACCCACAGAAGGCCUUUCUGAGCAGGAGUCUAUUGAAAUUACAGCCAUUAAAUUGCUAUUGCGAUCAUACUAUGAUAUCGUACGGAAGAACAUUUCAGAUUUAGUGCCAAAAACCGUCAUGCACUUUCUUGUUCAGCAUGCGAAACGUGAGUUGCACAAUAUUCUGAUUAAAAAGCUUUACAGAGAGAAUCUCUUUGAAGAGGUGUUGCAAGAGCCUGAUGAAGUUGCGCUAAAGAGAAAGAGGACAAGAGAAACACUCAAAGUCCUCCAACAAGCCUUCCGGACAUUAGAAGAACUGCCAUUGGAAGCCGAAUCAGUGGAAAGGGGACACAGCACGGUUGCUGAUACAAUCGGGCUGCCUAGAGUUCGAGCAAACUCGAACGCAAACGGUCAUCACUCUUCUCCGAGUAAUCCAAGGUCGAGGAAGUCCUCCCACUCUGGUGAGCUACUGCAAUCUUAUUCCACCAGCGCUGAUUCUAAUGGGAGCAGCGGCAGGGGGGUGCACAUGCCAGGUCUCUAUCCUUCCGUCGAUUGAUUCGAUUAAACUACGAUCGAUUGCUUUUUAGAGGUAUUAGUAAUAUCUUCCAGGAACCAUAGGAUUGUCCCAGAAUACAUGUUUUGAUGAUAAUUUAUGCCCACCAGUGGACGGUGGGCAGGAUUCGGGUGCCAAGUGCAAGUGGUCUAUUUUCCUGGGUGUGUAAAAAGAAGAUGCUCUUGGGAAUAAGUUGCUGUUGGUGGUUUUCCAUUGUCAGCCAGCAGAUAAAAGGGGUGAUUGUGUAAAUUAUGAUUAUGAGAUUUGUUUGCCGAAUUCCCAUAAGAAAGGAUAGGUGACAUGAUGACGGGGUUACUGGAGACAAACUGUAGUUGCCACUGUACUAUUAUCGACAUUGAUGCCAUGAUUUGGCGGGGCUUUUGAUCUUUUGUAGGAUAUUCGAUUUUCAAUUCGGUUUUGUGGGAGAAGACAGGAUGCGGGUUUGCAUCAUGCUAUGACAAAUGGAUCGAAUUCAUGGAUAGUUAAUUGGAUUGAAUUGGUUUGCUGGAUCAAUUUAUGAAUUCAAAAGACAUUCAAAUUUUGGGUCA